AUGAAAUCGCUGUCAGUGUUUGUUAGGAAAAUUAACACAUAUAAAAUUACAUCGAUUAUUAACAAUACUAAGGUUCACAAAACAUACAUAGAAAGAAAUAGAAAAAAUGAAGACGAUAUACAUAACAUAUAUAAUAAAGAAUUAGUUGCAUUCCCAUAUGAUGAAGAUAGAUAUAGCAAGUUAUUAAAUAUUCAAGUAAAGAAGGAGAAAAGGCAUAUGAAUGAUUUCUUUUUUAACUCAAAUAUAUAUAUAAAUGUGGAAAAUGAGAAAAUAAAAAAUAUAAAAUCAUCUGACUUUUGUAUUGAAAAUAUAGAUAAAUAUUUUCUUUUUGAAAAAGAAUAUUUGGAUACAUUUUUUCCCGAAGGGCUAUCAGGAGAGCUCCCUAAGGAUAUAUUAAUGCAUAACGGGGAUACCGACAACUUGGACAUGUUAAUUAAUGAAAUAAAAAAUAACAGUAAUAGUAGUAGUACUGGUAGUAAUAUCAGUAGUAGUAGUAAUAGUAAUAGCAGUAGUAGUAGUAAUAGUAGAAGUAGUAGUAGUAGUAGAAGUAGUAGUAAUAGCAGUAGCGAUACGCGUGAUAAAAAGACUAUAAUGAACAACUUGCAGAAUGUGAAAGGUGUCGGAAUAUUAUACAGAAAAUUAACGUAUGAGAUUAUAAAUGAAUUAUUACACUGCGCACAAGACUUUAAAUCAAAUAAGAAAAGAGAUUCGUACGAUUUAGAUAAUUAUUUUUUACAAAAAAAUAUCAUCUCACCGUAUUAUGAUAUAAGCGCUAUGAUGGAGAACAGUGCUACCAUCAAUGAGGGAGUAAAGGCAAACACUUUUUCCUAUACUACACAUACAGACAACAAAUUAAGGAUGAAUAAAGAUCAUAACUGGGAGAACAAUGAAAACAUCUCUUCUUCAUACAGAAGUAGGAGCAUCUUAAUAGACGGAAAAAGAGGUACAGGAAAGAGCUGCAUAUUAAAUAGUGUUGUUUUGUGGGCAAAGCUAAACAACUGGUUUGUCAUUUUUAUACCUAAUAUGAAAAAGUAUAAAUUUGAUAUAAAUGAUAUUGUUCGCAGUAAUACUAAUUUAUAUAUCCAACCAGAGUUAAGCAGACAAUUCCUUGAAGAUAUUGUAAAAGUUAAUGAAAAUUUUUUAAAAGAAAUUAAAAUAAAUAAAAAUAUUUUAAAUACUACUUGUUUAGAUGGAACACAUUUAUUAUACAAUAAAAGAAUAUACGAUGAUAUUAUUAAAAAGACAAUUAAUGCAGAAAUAGAAAAUGAUGAGACAUAUAACAGCAUAAGUGAGAGAGAGAAAAAUAUGUUUAAGCAAAAAUUAUAUAAAUUUUAUUAUGACAAUGUAAAAAUUCCAAACAUAUUAGAUAAAUUUUCUAUACCUCCUAAUUUGUUAGAAUUAGCAAAUAUUGGAAUAAACAAUGCUUCUUAUGCAAAUCUGUGUACAUAUGCAUUAUUUGAACAUCUAAAAAGGCAAACUGAAUUUCCUCUAUUAAUUGCAACAGAUCAGUAUAAUUACUCCCUAAGUGUUUCUGAAUAUUUAUCUAUUAAUUUUGAAAAUACGAAAUAUAAUGGCUAUAUACCAACCUACUACUUUACUAUACCAAAAUUAUUACUACAGUGGAAUGCCUCCAAAUAUAAAAGAUGUGUUAAAAUUGUAGCUACUUGUUGGGAUAGGGAAAAUCGAAGAAAUUUUAGGCCUGACCUCCUUGGAAUACACAAAAAAGAAAUCAAGACUGUUCGUAAUUACACUCUAAGAGAGUUCAAAAACUACGUUGCUCAUUUGUUUAACCAAAAUGUUAUUUACAAUUUUGACAUUAAUAAAUUGGAAUAUUUCUACAUGCUAACAGGCGGAAAUGGGUUCCAAGCGAGAAAGCUCCUAACAACUUUGUACUGA